GACGAUGCUUCCUGGCGACUAGGAAGUCCUAUGGCGCCGUUCAACCCUUCUGGCGCUUCAAGCAUGCAGUCUCGCAUACCGCGGCCAAUGGCGCACUUCGACUCCUGAGCACGACUCCGAGUCGAUUGGCAAAGGUCGCCCCAACUCCACUGGAAGAUCGUAUCUCCAAGAUUCCCAUCGAACGCUUCCGGAACUUCUGCAUUGUCGCCCAUGUAGACCAUGGAAAGAGCACGCUCAGUGAUCGGCUUCUGGAAUUGACGGGCACCAUCCAAGCGGGAGGGAACAAGCAGAUCUUGGACAAGUUGGACGUCGAAAGAGAAAGAGGCAUCACGGUCAAGGCGCAGACAUGCUCUAUGCUGUACAACUACAAUGGUGAAGACUACUUGCUGCAUCUGGUCGACACUCCGGGCCACGUUGACUUUCGCGCGGAAGUGAGCAGGAGUUAUGCCAGUUGUGGAGGAGCCAUCCUUCUGGUCGAUGCAUCGCAAGGUGUACAAGCACAGACGGUGUCGAAUUUCUACCUUGCUUUCGCCCAGAACUUGGCGCUUGUGCCAGUCCUGAACAAAGUAGAUCUGCCGUCUGCAGACACCGGACGUACGCUUGAGCAGCUUCGUGACACCUUCGAGAUUGACUCCUCGAAUGCGGUGAUGGUCUCGGCGAAAACUGGCCUGAACGUGGCGAAAUUGCUUCCGACCAUCAUUGAAGGUAUCCCAGCACCCACUGGUGACGAGAAUGCGCCGCUAAAACUCUUGCUCGUCGACAGCUGGUACGACAACUACAAAGGCGUCAUUCUCCUCGUCCGCAUCUUCGAGGGCAAGGUCCGAGCCGGCGACCGUAUCGUGUCCUUCGCCACUGGUCUUGAAUACAUCGUCGGCGAGGUCGGAAUCAUGUACCCUCUUGAGACACCAUUCAACAAAGUCCUGCGUGCGGGCCAGGUCGGGUACAUCUUCUUUAAUCCGGGCAUGAAGCGCAGCAAAGAAGCCAAAGUCGGCGACACCUACACCACAGUCGGAGAUCAACACAAAGUCGAGCCGCUCCCGGGCUUCGUCGAGCCCCAGAGCAUGGUGUUCGUCGCCGCCUUUCCCACCGACCAAUCCGACUACGCCCAUCUGGAAGACAGCAUCAAUCAGGUCCUCCUGAACGAUCGCUCCGUCACCAUCACCAAGGAGUCCAGCGAAGCCCUCGGGGCCGGCUGGCGGCUUGGAUUUCUCGGUACACUGCACUGCUCCGUCUUCGAAGAUCGUCUUCGCCAGGAGCACGGCGCCUCCAUCAUCAUCACGCCACCCUCCGUCCCGUUCAAGCUCGUGCGCAAAGACGGCUCCGAAGAAAUCAUCCGCAACCCCAAUCUCUUCCCAGAAGGUCGCGACCUCCACACCCAUGCCAUGACUCUCGAAGAACCCUACAUUACCGCCACCAUCACCCUGCCGGAAGAAUACCUGGGCAAGGUCAUCGAACUCUGCGAAG